AGCCGGUCUCGAGUCCGGUUCCGCCAAUCGACACCCGAUCCCAAGGUCAAUCCGGCACGAGGAUUGCGCCACCCCCAUAUAUCUGCCAUGGGUUCUUGCAAUUGGCUCUUAUAUCUGGAAAAUGGGAGCCCAGGGAGGCACAAGUAAGAUCGAUGACGAAUUUCCAAGUAAGCGCCCACCUGGGACCAGCGCAUGCAGAGGGACAACCAUGAGAUAAACUGACGUGCUUGGCGCCCUGUUAUACCUUAUGUAACCGCAGCCCCACCACUUCCCCUCCAUCUGUCAUACUAAUCUUAUUAUUCCUGCACAAAUUCCAAUCGGUCGAGAACCACACACCGGACAGCAAAAUGACCGACGCCGAACCCGCCUUCGUCUACAAGGUCGUGCCGUCGACAUCUCCGGUGCGAGAGCCGCUACCGGAGCGCCUGCCGGUCAGCGAGAUCGACGAGACCUCCAAAUUUGUUCACCUCUCCACGGCGUUCCAGGUGCCCAAUACGCUCAAGUUCUUCUUUAAGGACGAGCCUAUGGUCUACAUCCUUCGCAUUCCUUACUCCCGCGUCGCGCCGAAUAUUCGCUGGGAAUCGCCCGAGGGCAAUGUAUGCGGACCGCGGCCCAAGGAGGGAUUGUUCCCGCAUCUAUACAACGGUCUCAAGAUAGGCAAAGACGAGGUUGAAAGCAUCGGCAUCUGGACGAAUGAUGCGGGAUGGGACAAGGCACUCACGCAGGCCCGGCCGUGGCUUUUGUACUAGGCCUCUGCAAUCAGGGGCAUGUCUUACUGCUAUCGUUCAUUGUACAUAUCUUUGAUACUAUUUGUGGGGAUGGCCAUAACGUGGUCAUGUGAAGACCCUUGGCUUUCUUUCUCCCAAUUUCAGUCUUCUGGCUUCUCCCGACGCGAUUCUCGGAGAAGCCCUUCUAUUCCGAAGGAGUCAAAGGAAACAUAUAUCCAGCUAUACGGCGUGUUAGUGAAUACGAUUACUCACAAAGCGAAG